UCCAGAACACUCUGCGUAUCGUGGUGUAUACAUAUAAUAGUUCGAUAAAUGUUCGUACAUGUAGCAAAAGUACCCUCACAAGUAGCUCUGAAAUUUCUCAUUGAACAAUCUUCACAAGAUACAAUAUAACAUCAACCGCUACAUCAACUACCUCAGAUAUCAUGUGGUAUUUAAAUCAUCGCGCGCUAGUAAUGAGGAUUUCAUUUUUACCAACAAAUUUCUCAGAAAACUUCUUUAUCGACUGUCAGUAUGUAUAUUGAACGCAAACGCAAGAAUUCAAGUUCUUAUACUCCUCACGGCAACUGAGAGUGGCGCACGGCAUCAAUACUGUGACAUAACCUUCAAAUUGUGCAAAAUAUAUAAACAGUGGGUAAACAUAAACCAACAAGUAUUAUUUAUUUGUAAAAUAUGUCCAAACGAAAAUUAGAUGAAUUCCUGCAGGAGGAAGCUGAAAUUCCUACCAAACCUACUUUUAAAAAUUCCUUAGACUCUGACGAAGAGGACGACGAGGCAAAAGAAGAAAAUUAUGAUGUUAUGCAUGAAAAUGAUAUCGAAGGUGUGGAAGAUGGGCCAUCAGCACCAGAGACAAAUAUUGGAUUUACAGCAUUUAAUAUGAAGGAAGAACUGGAAGAGGGCCAUUUUGACAAAGAAGGACACUAUCAUUUUAAGAAAGAAAAAGAAAUACGGGAUAAUUGGCUUGACAAUAUUGACUGGAUGAAAGUGAAAUCUAAACCUGGUACAGAUAAUGGUGCAAAAGAAGAAGGAAGUUCUGACAAUGAUAGCGAUGGAGGCACUGAUUUCAUGUUUGAUCCGAAUCCAUUGUACAAACAAAUAUUGGAAUACCUAAAACCAGGAGAAACAGUCUCCAAAGCUCUGUGUAGAUUAGGAAAAGGAAAGAAAAAAUUAACCACUGCUGAAAGAUGGAAGAGGAAAAAAGAUCCGAAUGCAGCGAAAGAUGAAGAUGAAAAUUCUGUAAAUAUUACAAAGCUCACAGAGAUUGCAAAUGAAUUGUUAACGAGGACAGGGAAUAUGGAUAUUUACCAGGAGAGUUAUGAACAAAUAGAGAAAAAAAUUGCCCUCGCUGACAAACACGCUCAUCCAUCUAAAGUUGAGGCAGAAUUAGAUAUGUUUUCAGAUGAUUUUGAUUCAAAAGAGAAGAACAAAAUAGAUGAAACAAAUUCUACGGAAGGAACGGCGACUGAAAAUUCAGAAAGCACAAAGGAGAAGGAAGAUUCUUCGAACGAAGAAGUUUCGUGGGAAUUGAAAUGGUCGCAAGAAGAGAACGCAAAAAUUCACGGGCCACACACGAGUGAACAAAUGCAUACGUGGGCGAAAGAAGGAUAUUUCAAGAAAGGCGCGUGGGUGCGAAAGACGGGACAAAAAGGAGAAUUCUAUAACGCAACGCGUAUCGACUUCGACCUGUAUUUGUGAUUACACUCUUUCUUUUUAAUUCGAAAAUGACAAAGACAUUCAAUUAAUUUUUGGUACAAAAGCUUGUUUAUUUACGAGUAUAAAUAAUUUGUACAAAGUAUACAUGUAAUAAAUUAAAAUUUUUAUGAUUAUACUCCAGAUUUAUACUUUCUAUUCGAAGUCGACAUAUCGGUGCGGUAAAAAUGACUUUUUCUCUUAACUCUCUUCCUGUGAUUGAAGUAAUUCUGUAACAGUACGUCUCCCAGCACGGGAUAUAACGUUGCGACUUGGAGUAAGCUCCUACCGCCAUUUCCAAGCUUCGACCAAUUAUUGUUUCCGUAAGUUUCAUGGCCGCCGUGCUCCCAUGGAAUCGAUGUAUGAUAAUCUGUAAAUUGUCAGCUAUUAUUAAAAUAUGCUCAAUCAAACACGA